AUGUCUGGAGCAAGAUCAACAACGGCCGCUGCCGUACCCCCGGCUGCAACAACAUCAAACUCUAAGGAUUCAGACGCAAAGGAUGGGCUAUAUCCCUUGGCUUUGCUAAUGGACGAAUUAAAGCACGACGACAUUGCUAAUAGAGUGGAGGCGAUGAAGAAGUUGGAUACCAUUGCAUUGGCUCUCGGCCCUGAGAGGACAAGAAACGAGCUGAUUCCCUUUUUAACGGAAGUUGCGCAAGAUGAUGAGGAUGAAGUGUUUGCCGUCCUUGCCGAGCAAUUAGGGAAGUUUGUUCCUUAUAUUGGUGGUCCUCAAUACGCGACAACUUUAUUGCCCGUAUUGGAAAUUUUGGCGUCUGCAGAGGAAACCUUGGUCAGAGAAAAAGCUGUAGAUUCUUUGAACAAUGUGGCUCAGGAACUAUCUCAAGAACAGCUAUUCAGUGAUUUUGUUCCCUUGAUUGAACAUCUAGCCACUGCGGAUUGGUUUUCUUCAAAGGUUUCUGCUUGCGGACUUUUCAAAUCCGUCAUUGUUCGAAUCAAAGAUGAUUCAUUGCGGAAAAACAUUCUAGCCCUGUACCUGCAGCUCGCUCAAGAUGACACUCCAAUGGUGAAAAGAGCUGUCGGUAAAAAUCUACCCAUUUUGAUCGAUCUGUUGACCCAGAAUUUGGGGCUAUCCACAGAUGAAGAUUGGGACUAUAUCUCUAAUAUCUUCCAAAAAAUUAUCAACGAUAGUCAAGAUUCUGUCAAAUUUUUGGCUGUAGACUGUUUGAUUUCCAUCUUGAAAUUUUUCAAUGCUAAAGGUGACGAAUCUCACACUCAAGAUUUAUUAAAUUCUGCGGUAAAAUUGAUUGGUGACGAAGCAUGGAGAGUACGUUAUAUGGCAGCAGAUAGAUUUUCUGAGCUGGCUGCACAAUUCAUUUCCAGCCAAGCGUAUAUUGAUGAAUUAAUACAACCAUUUUUGAAUCUCUGUGAAGAUAAUGAAGGAGACGUGAGGGAAGCCGUGGCCAAACAGGUGUCUGGAUUUGCCAAAUUCCUAAAUGACCCUUCAACCAUAUUGAGUAAGAUCUUACCUGCCGUACAGAAUCUGAGUAUGGACGAAAGCGAAACAGUGAGAUCUGCUUUGGCUUCCAAAAUCACAAACAUUGUAUUGUUAUUAAAUAAAGAUCAAGUGAUUAACAAUUUUCUUCCGAUUUUACUAAAUAUGCUAAGGGACGAGUUCCCCGAUGUGCGUUUGAAUAUCAUCGCGAGCUUGAAAGUUGUGAAUGACGUAAUAGGCAUCGAGCUGUUGUCAGAUUCUUUGUUGCCCGCCAUAACUGAAUUAGCUAAAGAUGUGAAUUGGAGGGUUAGAAUGGCCAUAAUUGAAUACAUCCCCAUCCUGGCAGAACAAUUGGGUAUGCAGUUCUUCGAUCAACAAUUAAGCGACCUGUGUCUUUCAUGGUUAUGGGAUACCGUUUACUCCAUCAGAGAGGCUGCAGUGGAUAAUCUGAAAAGAUUAACAGAAAUAUUUGGUUCGGAUUGGUGUCGUGAUGAGAUUAUUUCGAGACUACUCAAAUUUGAUUUACAAUUACUGGAAAAUUUUGUCUCCAGGUUCACAGUACUAUCCGCUCUGACUACUUUGGUGCCCGUGGUUUCACUAGAUGUCGUUACAGAACAGUUACUGCCCUUCAUUUCUCAUUUGGCAGAUGAUGGUGUUCCAAACAUUAGAUUCAAUGUAGCCAAGUCCUACGCCGUGAUAGUCAAGGCUCUGAUUAAGGACGAGGCCAAAUAUGAUGCAUUAAUUAAGAACACGAUUCUCCCCUCUUUGCAAACGUUAUGCCAGGACGGAGAUGUCGAUGUAAAAUACUUUGCUAAUAAAAGUUUGGUAGAAUGCCAAGAACUUUUAAAGAAUUGA